AAUUCUAACCCUAACCCAAAUGUGAAACCAAACUCUUCAUCAGCCAAGAAGAAGAGAAAUCAACCUGGCACUCCAGAUCCAGAUGCUGAUGUCAUCGCUCUAUCGCCAACAACACUCAUGGCAACAAACAGAUUCGUGUGCGAGAUCUGCAACAAAGGGUUUCAAAGGGACCAGAACUUACAACUCCAUCGCCGUGGCCACAAUCUUCCAUGGAAGCUGAAGCAACGAUCCAAACAAGAGGUGAUAAAGAAGAAAGUAUACAUAUGUCCUAUCAAGACUUGUGUACACCAUGAUGCUUCUAGGGCCCUUGGAGACCUCACUGGGAUCAAGAAACACUAUAGCCGCAAACACGGUGAAAAGAAGUGGAAGUGCGAAAAGUGUUCUAAGAAAUACGCUGUUCAGUCUGAUUGGAAGGCACAUGCGAAAACUUGUGGUACUCGCGAGUAUAAAUGUGACUGUGGCACGUUGUUCUCCAGGAAAGAUAGUUUCAUCACACACAGAGCGUUCUGCGACGCAUUGACUGAAGAAGGUGCGAGGAUGAGCUCACUAAGUAAUAACAAUCCGGUGAUCUCUACGACGAAUCUGAAUUUUGGAAACGAUUCAAAUGUUAUGAAUAAUCCAAAUCUCCCUCAUGGAUUUGUUCACCGAGGAGUUCAUCAUCCCGACAUCAAUGCUGCUAUCUCUCAAUUCGGUUUAGGGUUUGGACAUGACCUAAGUGCAAUGCAUGCGCAAGGUCUAUCCGAGAUGGUUCAAAUGGCCUCCACCGGCAACCACCACCUCUUCCCGUCGUCAUCAUCAUCCCUCCCUGAUUUCUCCGGCCACCACCAAUUCCAAAUUCCAACGACUUCCACAAACCCUAAUCUCACCUUAUCAUCAUCCUCAACAUCACAACAAACCUCAGCUUCUAUACAACACCAAACCCUAAAAGACUCAUCUUUCUCACCACUCUUCUCCUCUUCCUCCGAAAACAAACAAAACAAGCCUCUCUCUCCAAUGUCUGCAACAGCUCUCUUACAAAAAGCUGCACAAAUGGGCUCUACUCGAAGCAAUUCCACCACCGCUCCGUCUUUCUUCGCCGGCCCAACAAUGACAUCAUCCUCAGCCACCGCUUCUCCUCCUCCUCCUCCUAGAUCGUCUUCACCAAUGAUGAUCCAACAACAACUAAACAACUUCAACACAAAUGUCUCAAGAGAGAAUCACAAUCUUGCUCCUCCUCCUCUUAGUGGUGUCACCACUAGUAGUGUGGAUAAUAAUCCCUUUCAAUCGAACCGGUCGGGUCUAAACCUCGUUCAACAAAUGGGUCUAACCCGGGAUUUUCUUGGAGUGAGCAACGAGCAUCACCCUCACCAAACGGGUCGUCGUCCCUUUUUGCCUCAAGAACUCGCAAGGUUUGCUCCAUUGGGUUGAUUAUGUGUGUUUAAUUAAAUACUGUGCAUGGG